UGGUUGAUUCAACCUUCCCACAGAUCAAAAUGGACUUGGGGUUCUCUGUAACCACACCAAGGUAGAGGAAAUGAAAAGUCUGGAUUUGGGGAGAUGAGGGAGAGAUAGGUUAAGGGUAGGAGAGGCAGGGCACCCUGGGGACAGCAAGCAUCUUGGACGGUAGGAAGAAGGAGAGUGGCCCAUCUUAGUCUCCUGGGCCCUGCUCUUUGCCCUGCUAACCUGUGGCCUGUCCUGACCAGUAAUUACAGCGGAUGACUGGAAGUAUUCUAACUUCUUAGAAUUCACUGGACUUUGUUCUUUGUAGGAAUUGCAGGGUGACGCCCAUGCAGUGUGACACACAGACCUGUAAUUCCUGGUGUGAUGAGAGUGGAGUUUUGCGUCCUGAAUUCGAAACACAAGUCAUUAAGCCUGGGCCCUGACUCAUCUUCAGGAGAGAAAAGAGAGAUGGGAGAUAAAAGGAGGGUCCUUCCCACAUGGAUGACAGCCCAGGAGGCCGAGAAGAGAAAGGUGGCAGUGAAGACCCCCAAGGGGAGGAGACCGGCAGCUCAAGGGGGCGCCGCAGCGAGACUUGCCACAGCGAGGACCGUGUACUGCAUGAAUGAAGCUGAAAUGGUAGACGUCGCUCUGGGGAUCCUGGUUGAGGCCCGGAAACAGGAAGAGCCCCUGGAGUCUCCAACUCUGGUGGGCGCUGAUAAGCCAGAGCUGUCCCCAAUCCGCUCAGCGUCGUCACCAGGAUCUCCUGGGAGUAGAAGUGAGGAUGAGGACAUUGGGAAAGACGCCCUUCCUCCAGGCCUCAGCCCUCCUCAGGGGCCCCCAGGGUCUGAGUCUGCGUGCAGCGGGAGCCCUGAGGAGGAUGAGGACAUGUUAAAAUACGUCAGAGAAAUAUUUUUCAGCUAAGGGACAGACUCCCCAGGACUUUUACACAGGACGCUAGAGGAAGCUGGCUUCCCCUCCGGGCCCCGGACCUGCCCAAGGAUGCCGACCCCGCCCAGUCCUCCCCUCCCUGGGCUGGCAGAUGCACCACGGAGGGAAGCCCAGGAGGCUCUGGGCCUUGGGACCUGUCACGCCGAGUAUGUGGAAAUGAAGAGCCAAAAUGAGCUUCUGUUAGAAUUUCUCUCUGCACUGAGCCUCCUCUGCUCGGAAGGUCUGGCUUUAUUCACUUCCCUGGUUCAGGGAAAGGUGGACAUGGGGGUCACACUUAUUGGAACCAAAGAGUCAACUUAAUAACUUUGAAAGAAGAAAGAGUACGGCUGCUAAGUUCACAGGAAGCCUGACCGUUUCGUCAGUGUGAUCUCUCCCUGCAGAGGAAGCUUGUUCUAAACCGAGUUCCCCUCACCUGUGCAGCCCGGGAGGCAGGUGACCCGCCCGCAGUGCCCUGCUCUGCCUGGCUCUGGACUGGAAGGCCUCUGCCCCCCGUGCCGCCUCCUUCCUUCUACUCGGCGGCUCAGCCUCGGCCCCCGGGCAGUUGU